AUGACAGUUCCAGACUAUGAAAUACCGAGAGAUGUGGUUCCACCAGGCAACCAAACGGGCACUUACUACAUCCCAAUAUCAAAUCUCCCAUUCAACGUAUCAUGGCAGGAAGUCAAAGACCAUGUGAGACAGGUUUGCGCUGUAGACCACGUGGAAAUCUUCCCGAAGAGCACGUCUGGCUGGGUCAGAGUGAAGGGUUUUGAGCAUUUCAGAGCAGCGUUCGAGCUACUCAAUGGCAAAGAAUUCAAGGGCCGCGCCGUCAUAGCGGACGACAGGAAUGCGGACAGGCCCCUCAAAGUACGUGAUUUGACGGUCUCUGGCUCAAGCGGAUCGGCCAACCGCCCAGCUAGCAGCAGCCCGAAAUCAGCUGUCGAGCCCGCAUCUGAAAGUUCGCUGUUUGCAGGAGGCCCAGUGUCCUAUCCGAGCUCGAUUGGGAUCUCUUCUCCCACGUCUACAGCAAGCUCGGCGUACGGUCAGGACGGUGGAAGCUUUUCCAUGCCCAUGUCGCCGUCCAGCUACAUGACAAGUCCUGGCACCUCGUUCUCCCAUGGCGCCAUCAUGCCGAGCUACGAUGUUCUCACGGCGGCCUACCCACAGCCAAGUAUGCCAACGACGACAUACGGCUACUACGCCUCGGGUGCGGAAGCACAACAACCCUUUUAUGGCUACCAAGCCGCACCAGAUCGACAGCCGACAUUGUACAACCAGUCGGCUUCGUACGCCGUGCAACCGAUCCAGCCAUACAGCGAAUACUAUCCGCCGCCACCACCCAGCGUAGCAAUUCUUACCAACCAACUGGCCGACCUGACGAUGGGCGGCGCGGCGCCGAGUGGUGGAGGCGUGGUCUACACCGAGCAGCGCGGUAUCCACAUACGCGAGCUGUCGCGCCGCGCAUCGGACGACCAGGUCCGCAGGAUGAUAUGCGACGCGGCCGGCCGCGAAGCCGCCCUCAUCAACCUCGUCGAGGUGCCGCUUGACAAGGAGGGCAACCCGCGCGGCUACGCGAUCGCGCACUUCCGCAGCGCGGACCUUGCGCGGAGGAUGGUGGAUAAGCUGCACGGAGUUGACUUCAAGGGGAGGAAACUGCAGGUCAAGCUGCUCAAGGAGGGCGAGGCCGUGGGGGUGGGCGGCUGCGGCGCCGUGGCUGGCUCGUCGAGGGGCCACGGCCAUGGGCACCGGAGCGGCAAACACCACAGCUCCAGCACCAGGAGGGACGAGGGGAGGAGGGCCGAGCGAAGGGACAAAGACAGGGAGCGGGGGGUCGACAGGGGCGAGAAGAAGACCUCUUCGUCGUCUUCUGCCAGCAAGGGGGCGCCGCUCGUGGUAGGCGGGGGGUGCUCGGCAGUUGAGGCCUCCUUCUGCUCGUCGUCGUCAUCUUCGUCCAAGGGCAAGGACAAAGGCAAGGAGAAGCACGGCAGCAAGAAGUCCGCUGUCGUCAUUGCGGACGGAAGCUCACGCCGCGCUGACAAGAGCUGA